AUGGAAAGAGAAACAAUGAUUCCUCCAUCAUGUUGCCCUUCGACCAUCCCUGCCAUGCGGGUCGUCUUUUUUCGCGGAUUGGUCGCCCUCAGUGUUCUGUUCUUCGCCGGCCUGUCGCUCUUCUUCAUCGGACUACCAGAGGCUUUGCGAAACUUCCAACUUCCCAGACCGCUGCAGAGAGGUUCGGGCGGCCAGGCUCUUCCCGAUAUCGAUAUGCCUCUGGACGGUCCAGAAUCACCUAACAGCGCUGCAUCGAACUGUCAAUCGGGAGACAUACAUGUAUCUGUAGAGACCGGGGUACCGGGAUGGGACUCGUCACGUUUUUUGCAGGGGCCUCCGACAAAAAGCUUCAAAGAUAACCUGCUCAAUGACACAUACUACAUCACGUCUUGGGCAGAUUCGGGAUUCACAAACCAAUUUAUGGGCUAUGUUAACAUGAUCUACUUGGGACUGAUAUCAGACCGUAUACCUAUCCUGCCUCCAUUCGGCCCCCACCAUAUGUCCUAUGAUGCCGGAGCUCUUCGAUUCAGCCAUGUUUUCAAUCUGAAAUACCUCAGGAAAGCUCUCAACCGUCCAAUCCUUGAAUGGCACGAAGUCAAAGAAGAAGACUCCCCAUCCUCCCUCCGAGAGCCCUCAUCAGAAGAACGGGAGUCCAUCGGCUGCUGGUCCACACGGAAAGAGGCUAUCGCCAACCCAUUGCGGGUCAAGUCCGUCAUCGACCACCUCAAACUUGACAUCGCGUACACCCGUGUCCCCUCCGAGACGCGCCGGCUCCCAAAUCACGAGAAUGACGACUUCCUGGUCUUCCACCAGCUCGUGCCUUAUAUCUUUCCGCGACAUCCCUGGCGCCCGGCGUCCAACUUCCCUCUGAUGCAGGCAUCACCAUUAGGCCAGCGGCAGUCCCCGUAUGAGCAGGUGUCGUGCUUCGAUUAUUUGUACUACACCCCUAGAGUCGACAGAUGUUCGAGAUGCAGUACUCCUGGUCGCCUCCGUGGCGAUUAG